GUGUGCCAUAAUCCACGUGCUGGAAGUCGCAGGUUAUUGACGUCAUUCCAUUUGCCAGGCAGCAAAAAGAAAACCACGCAUCCAGUUUUUGGGAUACCACAGAAGUGAUCUGACAAACCAAAUAAUGUCUUCGCUCAUUAAAGUAGACAAUGAAGUCAAAGGCAAGGUGGAUGCAUUCAGAGCACAGAUAACCGCUGAGGCUGAAGAGCUGGUUGCAGCCUUUUUCCCCAAGAAGCUACUAGAACUUGACAGCUUCCUGAAGGAACCUAUUUUAAACGUCCAAAACCUGAAGGAUAUUCAAUCGGAGAUCAACUUGAUUGUACCCGACCCUAUCAGUUUCACCAAUAGCCAUGAUGGUGUGGAUGUGGCAAAUGCCAAAAAGAGAAAACUUGAAGAUGGAAUUGGAGAUGAUAAUAUUCCAGGGCCCAAAAGCCUAGCUGUGCCAGGGGGCAUGCUGAAAUGUAACGGUCGGCUGGUGGACCUCAUAGAACGAGUGAAGCCAGAGAUUCACACCCUCAUUGAGAAGUGCAAUACUGUGAAAAUGUGGGUUCAGUUGCUCAUUCCUCGGAUAGAAGAUGGCAACAACUUUGGCGUUUCCAUUCAGGAAGAGACUGUGGCCGAAUUAAGAACUGUGGAAGGAGAAGCUGCCUCCUAUUUGGAUCAGAUCUCCAGAUACUACAUCACCAGGGCAAAGCUGGUUUCGAAAAUUGCAAAAUAUCCACAUGUGGAGGACUAUCAGCGCACCGUGUCAGAAAUUGAUGAGAAACAGUAUAUCAGCCUUAAGAUAAUCGUAUCAGAACUGCGAAAUCAAUAUGUGACUCUGCACGACAUGAUCCUGAAGAACAUCGAGAAGAUCAAGAGGCCAAGAAGCAGCAACACUGACGCCCUCUACUGACCUCCCUGUGCUAUGGCAGCAGCGUUUGGUUCCGUGGGGAGCUCGCUCUGCUCCCUGGGUGGGGGUUCUCCACUCGAUUGGAUUCAGCUCACCUCUUUUCAACUGGUGGGCGACGUGAAACCAAGCAAGAGCCAAACACACCGAUGACGCUGGGGCUGCUCGAACACACACACACACACACACACACACACACACACACACACACACACACACACACACACACACACACACACACACGUUUCCUCAUUAUCUCUAAAUGUAAACUGUUGAACUGGAUUACCGGAUGGAACUUAAACUGCUGGAUCUCUCUUGGAUCAAGCUGGCUUGAACAGGACUUUAUAAAGUAGCACCCCCCUCUUGUAUAAGAGGAUGCAUAACCGGAUUUAUUUUCCGUCUUUGAAAUUGUCGCCCUGUAUGUGUUGGGUCAUUGUGUAGGAAUGGACUGGUCAACGUUUUAUUUAAUGUUUUUUGUUUUGUUACUUUUAUUGGUUAUCUUUUUAUUUGUGUGUUGGUGCUCAAAUGGUAUGUACGUAUACAUUUUGAGUGUCCGUGUGCAUGUGUAUGUGAGUCUUAUAAGUGAACGUGUGGGUGAACAUGUGCAUGUGUUUUGCACAUGCAUUUCAGAACCUGACCAUGUGCUUGUAUUAAUUGUCAACGUGUGCUUAAAAAAAGGAGUAUUUCAAAGCUGAUGAACUGUGUGAGUAGGGGGCUGUACAUGUAGUGGUGAUGCCACACAACAACAGUACGAUGUGUCUGUCUCUGAUGACCUGAUGUCAUUCUCACUUAAAAUGAGGAAAAAUGAAUGUUAUUCUUUUUUUUCCCUGUUAGAGGGAACAGUAUGGUUUUUGUUUUAAGAUUUAAGAAUUAUUUUGCAUAAUAAAAGUAUUUUAUGAUGA